AUGGCUAAUUCGGAAUCUGUUAAUCCUAGUGCUAACAAUAUGUUGGCUGUUCUACAUCGGUUGCUACCUGUUGUUGGACCGGCGCUUCUGAUUUCAGUUGGAUAUCUUGACCCUGGAAAGUGGGCGGCAACUGCUGAAGCAGGUGCCCGUUUUGGCUCUGACCUGGCAGCAUUGAUGCUUAUUUUCAAUUUUGCAGCUAUUUUAUGUCACUAUCUGUCAGCUCGGAUUGGUGUAGUCACCGGAAGAGAUCUUGCGCAGAUAUGCAGCGAGGAGUAUGACAAAGGCACGUGCAUAUUCUUAGGAGUUCAAACAGAGGUUUCUGUGAUUCUGUCGGACCUUACCAUGAUCCUCGGUAUCGCACAUGGACUUAAUCUUCUGUUUGGGUGGGACUUGUUCACUUGCGUGUUUUUGACUGCUGUUAAUGCUGUUUUGUACCCUCUUUUUUCCACCCUCCUGGAGACUUGCAAGGCGAAGGUCCUGUGCGUAUGCAUUGCAGGAUUUAUACAGCUUUCCUUCGUUCUUGGAGUAAUUAUCAGUCAACCAGAAAUGUCAUUUUCCAUGAAUGGGAUGCUAACAAAGCUGAGUGGGGAGAGUGCCUUUGCAUUGAUGAGUCUUCUUGGAGCAAGUAUAAUGCCUCACAGUCUCUAUCUUCAUUCUUCGAUUGUGCAGCAGUAUCAGUGUCAGCCAACUGCUUCCAGGGAUGCUUUGUGUCAUCACCAUUUAGUUGCCAUCUUGUGCAUCUUUAGUGGUAUUUAUCUGGUGAAUUAUGCCCUUAUGACCUCAGCGGAGAAUGAAUACUCAGGCCUUGGUUUGCUUACAUUUCAGGAUGUAAUGUCACUAAUCGGACAGGUCUUUUGGGGUCCAAUAGUAUCUGGUGCCUUCCUGCUGGUUCUCUUUGUUUCAAAUCAAAUCACAACAUUAAGCUGGAGUCUGGGUGGACAAGUAGUUUUGAAUGAUUUUUUGAAAUUAGACCUUCCUGGUUGGCUUCAUUGUGCCACAAUCAGAAUCAUUGCUAUUGUUCCAGCCCUUUAUUUUGUUUGGAGUUCAGGAGCUGAAGGGAUUGUUGGCAGCUCUGCUACUGCCAUCUUCUGUGAUCCCUCUUUUCGAAUUGCUGCUUCAAGACCAAUAAUGGGUGUCCAUAAAGUUUCUCAAUUUGUUGAAUUUUUAUCCCUGAUUACACUAAUUGGGAUGCUUGGAUUGAAAAUCAUAUUUGUAGUAGAAGUGAUUGUUGGGAAUAGUGAUUGGGUUAAUAAUUUGAGGUCGAAUGCCGGGAGUAGUAUGUCUCUUCCUUGUGUACUUCUACUCACUUCUUGUGCAACAUUUUGUUUAAUGAUUUGGCUGGCAGCUACCCCAUUAAAAUCUGCAAGUGCACGAUUAGAGGCUCAGGUGUGCAACUGGGGUCUGCCUGUGGGUUCACCUGAUUCAAUAACAAAGAAAGAGGAGAUCACUGAACCUAAAUAUCAUAGAGAGGUAAGUGUCCAGAAGCAUGAACCAUCACCAUCAUUUGGGAGGGCUUUGGAUAGUGAUUCAGAAGUAGCGAGGUUUGAUCUUGAUCUGCCUGAAACUAUCACAGAGCCUGAUCAGGAGCUUCACCUAACUACUGUAGUGGAAAAUGGUUCUCAUAUUACCUUUCCUCGCUCCCCUAAAUGCCAUAUGGAGGGAUCCACAUCUACAGUGGAGUCAACUCCAGUCUCAAAUGUGGUUAAUGAGGUUUCUGAUGUUACAAUGGAGGGCAUCAGUGCACUGAAGAUUGAAUCGACAGAGCAAAUUGAAAAGACUGUUGGAGUUGAAGGAGACUUGCCAAAUGAAAAAGAUGAUGAUGAGGGAGAUACCUGGGAGCCUGAAGAUUCAUUGAAAGGGGUUUCUGAGAGCACUGCUCCAUUGACAUCUGAGGGUCCAGGAUCAUUUAGGAGUCUAAGUGGAAAAGGUGAUGAAGGGGGGAGUAGUGCUGGUAGCCUUUCAAGAUUAGCAGGGUUGGGGCGUGCUGCGAGACGUCAACUAGCUGCAGUACUUGAUGAAUUUUGGGGACAAUUGUAUGAUUUCCAUGGGAAUGUAAUUCAAGAAGCAAAGGCUAAGAAACUGGAUCUUUUGUUGGGGUUAGAUUCAAAGGCUGCAACCUCGUUGAAAGUUGAUACUAGUGCAAACGAACUUUCCGGAUAUUUUCCAUCUGCAGGAGGCAGAGGAUCUGAUCCUAUUAUCAACUCAAGUUAUAUGACUCUCCGAAGCAGCAGAGGGUGCAAAGCAGUUUAG